AGCAUCUCAGCAUCUUUUAAUGGAAUCGAAGACUUUGACGAAACUUCAUAGUUAUUUCAUUUUCUGACUAUCAAAUAUAUCUAGCAUUGUAUGUUUAUAUUAAGGUGACAGUCAAGAACAAAUAUUUCUUCGGAACUCAAGCAAAAUGCCCCUAAGAGUUCUCACAGCACUUGAUCAUGCAAAAACUCAAUGGUUCCAUUUCAAGGCGAUUGUGAUCGCCGGAAUGGGAACCUUCACGGAUGCAUAUGAUCUCUUUUGUAUCACGCCGGUGAUCAAGCUUAUCGGAAGAAGUUAUUACAAUGAUCACCAGGGCAAUAUACCUCCGGGAGUUGUCUCGACGAUGAUGGUAAUAGCUUUAGUCGGCAUGGUGAUUGGGCAGCUUACUUUUGGGGCACUUGGAGAUCGUAUUGGCCGUCGGCGAGUCUAUGGUUUUGCACUAGUCUUUAUGGUGUUGAGCUCAUUACAGUCCGGCUUUUCUAUAUGCAAGACUAGGAAGUGCGUGAUAACAAGUUUAUGUUUCUUUCGCUUUCUUCUCGGCAUUAGUAUUGGUGGUGAUUACCCGCUUUCAGCUACAAUUAUGUCAGAGUUUGCAAACAAGAGAACCCGAGGGGCUUUCAUCGCCGCCGUAUUCUCUAUGCAAGGGCUUGGUAUUCUUGCUGGUGCUGGAGUCACCAUGGCUGUCACCUCCGCCUUCGACCGUGCCAUCAAGAAGGACUCAGACAUAUCAAACUCUGUCGAUAUUGCUUGGAGGUUGAUACUAAUGAUGGGUGCCUUGCCUGCUUCUUUAACCUUCUAUUGGAGGAUGACCAUGCCUGAAACAGCAAGGUUACUUUUAAUAGAACAAAACAUACCAAAAGCAACUGACGACGUGAGAGAUUUAGGAGAUUUAGACUUACCCGUCAUCGACGAGAACACAGAGCUUCAAGAUAGAACGCCAAUGACUUUGUUGCCAGCACAACCACCCUACGGUCUCUUCUCGAACCAGUUCCUCCAUGAGCACGGACGGCAUCUCUUUGCCUGUGCUGCUGCAUGGCUGAUUGUCGACAUCCCCUUCUAUAGCAGCACACUUUUUCAGUCUCAUAUCUAUCAUAAAUGGGUUGAAAAGGCAAAUGUUAACCCCUUUCAAGAGACCUACAACGUUGCCAAACUUCAGGCAAUCAUCGCCAUCUGUUCGACAAUUCCUGGUUACUGGGCUGCAGUAUACUCCAUUGAUCGGAUUGGAAGAAGGAAGCUUCAAAUGUUGGGGUUCUUCUUCAUGGCUGUGUUCUUGUUUGCAUUGGCAGGACCUUAUGAUGUGUAUUGGAAUGAUCAUACCAAUGGAUGGUUUAUGGUAUUAUAUGGACUCACCUUCUUUUUCUCAAACUUUGGUCCUAAUACUACUACAUUUAUCAUCCCUGCUGAGCUCUUUCCGGCGAGGUUGAGAUCAACCUGCCAUGGUAUAUCCGGUGCUGCCGGCAAGGUAGGGGCGAUCAUUGGAACUUUAGGAUUUCUCUGGGCUUCACAAGACAAGAGUAAAGAUAAUAAUAGAAAUAAUGGUUGGAAGCCGGGGAUUGGGAUGACGAAUUCUCUUAUUAUUCUCGGCAGUAUUUGUGUUCUUGGGCUUGUUCUUACUUAUUUCUUGACGCCAGAAACUAAAGGGAAGUCUUUGGAAUCGAAUGAAAGUGAAGAAAAUCAACCAAGCACAAUCAAGACAGAAACUGAUCAAAAUAACGAAGAAAUAAUUGAACUAGGAAUUUGUACUCCUAGUCCAAUUGCUGAGGCACCACUUUGGUGGCGAUAAUUUUAAUUAAGAUGAAUAGUUUGAACUUAAUUUUUAGCUAGUUUAUAUUUGAAUUUGAUGUAUAUUGCUUCAUAGUUUCCUAGAGGAGAGUUCAUGGUUCAUGCAUUUGUGUACCAUAUCCAUAUACAUUCCUGUUGUAUAGUCAAAGGUCUUAAUAUAAGAGUUGAGAUUUAGUCUA